AUGGAGGAACCUCCUUAUUUCUACCUCAUCACCACCUACCUCUCCUACAUCAUCCUCUCUUUCUUUGGUCAUGUCCGCGACUUUUAUGGAUUCCGUUGGAACAAGAAGGCUUAUGCUCAUCUGAUGCCAUCGAACGGAUAUGCGGCCCUGACCUCGGAUUGGGACUCAUUCUGGACAAGAAACUUGAAGAUGCGCAUUGAGGAUUGCUUCUCCGUGCCUACUACUUUGGUCCCCGGUAGGACCAUCAAUAUGUUGGAGCGCGUCACCAACGAUUACUGUCGUUCCUUCCAGUUCACUGGACGUCUCAAGGAGGCUGUCAACCUGUCAUCCUAUAACUAUCUUGGCUUUGCACAGUCAACCGGUCCCUGCGCCGAUGCUGUUGAGGAAAUCGUUAAUACCUAUGGAGUAUCUUCAUGUGGAGCUCGUUUGGAAUGUGGCUCACUCGAUUUGCACACAAAGACUGAGGAGUUGGUUGCAGAGUUUAUGGGUAAGGAGGCAGCUCUCCUUGUCUCGAUGGGAUAUGCUACAAACAGUACGACAAUUGCAGGCUUGGCCUCCAAGGGUUCUUUGAUCAUCUCGGAUGAGCUCAACCACAAUUCAUUGGUCUUUGGUUCCCGUCUCUCCGGUGCCUUCAUCCGCGUGUUCAAGCACAAUGAUGUGGAGGAUUUGGAAGCCGUCCUCCGUGAUGCAAUCUCUCAGGGUCAGCCCAGAACUCAUCGUCCUUGGAAGAAUAUUUUGUUGAUCGUCGAGGGUCUUUACUCCAUGGAGGGUUCCAUUGUUAAGCUGCCAGAGAUCAUUGAGCUCAAGAAGAAAUACAAGUUCCAUUUGUAUGUGGAUGAGGCCCAUUCGGUUGGUGCUCUUGGACCUCGUGGACGUGGUGUUUGUGAUUACUAUGGAGUUGAUCCUAAGGAGGUUGAUAUCCUGAUGGGUACUUUUACAAAGUCUUUUGGUGCCGCUGGAGGAUAUAUCUGUGCUUCCAAAGAUGUGAUUGAUCACUUGCGUCUCGUGAACCACUCUUCGGUCUAUGGAGAAUCCAUGUCACCCAUUAUCCUUCAGCAGAUUUACACUAGUAUGUGGUCGAUCAUGGGUCGUGAUGGCACCACAGCUGGUCAGGAGCGCUUGAGCCGAUUGGCAUGGAAUGCUCGUUAUCUUGGAAGUAACUUGCGCAAGUUGGGAUUCAUCAUUUACGGUGACCGUGACUCUCCGGUGAUUCCAUUGCUGCUGUUCAAUCCUGCAAAGAUUCCUGCGUUCUCACGUGAGUGCCGAAAGAGAGACUUGGCAGUGGUUGUGGUUGGUUUCCCUGCUACAUCCAUUGUUGCAUCCCGUGCUCGUUUCUGUGUCUCUGCCUCACACACGAAAGAGGACUUGGACUUUGUUUUGCGUGUUGUCUCUGAAGUCGGAGAUAUCCUUGGACUCAAGAUGAGCAGCCGUAGGGCAUUGGAGAUGGGUAUGGAGGUUUAG